CCUGUUGGUGUUCCUGCAGUGUCCCCGGCGCUGGCAGGGGCAGAGCCAUCGGUGCCACUGUCCCCAGGCCGGCCGGGCCCCCAGGCCGCCGAGGGGGCCCCAUUCAGCUGCACGGCCGGGCGCAAGGACAAGGCCGUUGAUCCGGUGGAGUGGUCAGUGCGGGAUGUGGUUGAGUAUUUCACCGAGGCCGGCUUCCCUGAGCAGGCCGGGGCCUUCCAGGAGCAGGAGAUCGAUGGGAAGUCGCUGCUGCUGAUGCAGAGGGCCGAUGUGCUCACAGGGCUCUCCAUCCGCCUGGGCCCCGCGCUCAAGAUCUACGAGUACCACGUGAAGCUGCUGCAGCGCAGCCACUUCCAGGAUGAGGAGCCCCCCACGGAGCCCUUCCCAGCCUGAGACCCCCCCACAGACCCGCGGGGGUGCCCCCAGACCCGUGGGGGCACCCCAGUAUCCGGGAGGGCUCCUCCCUCCCCCUGCUGCUGCACACAUAGACUUUGGGGGGUGGGUGGGGGUCAGGGGCAUCCCACCCCUUUUUGGGGAGUCCCGCCUCACUUUGGAGGGGUUCCCAUCCCUAUUUAAGGGGGGUCUUGCCUCUCUUUAAUGUUCCACCUCUAAUUUGGGGGGGGGUCCUACUCAUAGUUGAGGGGUUGCACCUCACUUUGAGGGGGUCUCAUCUCUAUUUUGGUGGGGUCCCAUCUCUCUUUAGGGGGCUCCCACCCCUCUUUGGGGGUCCCACGUCUCUCUGGGGGAUCCUGCCCCUAUUUUGGGGGUCCCACA